CUCAGAUCUAGCUGCAGUAUUUGUCAAGAUUUUCUUUGAUGAUGACAGAUGGACUGGAUACAAACAUUCAAGUUAUUCUUGGGAUCUUUUAUAUAAACAUGUCUACCAACUUUUUCAGUUUCCCUUCAUCAAGAAUGAGGCCUUCAAAUAUGUCACAACCAAACGUCUCUUUGACCAGCUGGUGAAGAUAGUUCAUCAAGAUAAUUAUGAUGGUAGUCUUGAUUAUGUUUUCCUAUCAUAUAUCAUACCAAUAUUUAUUACCAACCUCUCAUCUUUGGAGUUGGAACCUCAGAUAUCCAAAAAUUUCUUGGAGUAUCUCCAUGAGCCUGACAUCCUAUUUACCAUUUGUAUUAUACUUAUUGAGCUUUCUCUCAGUGAUAGCAGUGAUUUCUGUGAUGUCACCCUCCAUGAUCUUGCAUGUCUUUCUCCCAAUAAUGAUGCCUGGCCUGUUUGCUUAGACAGACUCCAAGAACACACAUUUAACAUUGAACCAUCAGAGCUACAUGAAAUGCAUGGUAUUCUUGAAGGUCUCAGAAUCUUUCUUGGAGGAGAUGGUGUUGGCCCAAAAUUUAGAAGAACACCUUCAUGGGCUGCUGAACUUGAAAUAGCUCAAGUGGAUGACCAUCCUCCUGUCAAUUCUCUGAAGAGUCUAUGGCAGAAUGUAUGGCAUAGGAUCCAUCAGUCCUUUACUAAAGACACUGCUCAUGAAGAC